ACGGGUGAAGUCGCGAUUUGAAAAAGGAGGAUCUGGCUCCGUGGUCCCGCCAUGAAGAUUCUGUUGGAAAUUUGUGCGGACACGUACGAAUCGGCCGUGGCCGCCAUCGAUGGUGGUGCCGAUCGGAUCGAGCUCUGUGCGGCCCUCAGUGAAGGUGGCCUCACUCCGUCGGUUGGACUGCUACGGAAGGUGAAACAGUACUUGGCCGAAAGCAAGCGGGACCCCGCGGUGCCCAUCUACUGUAUGAUUCGAUGCAGAGGCGGAAGCGAUUUUCGAUACGACCAGGCCGAGAUGGAGAUUAUGCUUACGGAUUUGGUGUUACUUCGCGACAACGGUGCCGAUGGGUUUGUAUUCGGCGCUCUCGAUGAAACCGGCACCGUACAUCGCGGUCACUGUGAGCAGGUGGUAAAGGCUGCGCGAGAGGGAAGUAGUAAAUGCCUUCCACUUACAUUCCAUCGGGCUAUCGAUUGCACGGCGGAAGAUAACCUCCGAGAUAACCUACAGACGAUUGCUGAACUCGGAUUCUCUACUGUGCUUACCAGUGGCCUGAAGCCAAUCGCCCUGCGGGGGCUCUCAACGAUCGUUCGAAUGCAGCUAAUUGCUGAUGAAAUGUACGGGAGUACCAAGCAACAUCUUCAAAUCAUGCCCGGUUCUGGCGUCACGACGGAAAAUGCUUUGACCAUACUGAAGAGUACCGGUUGCCUAGCGAUUCAUGGUUCGGCGAGCGUGUCAAAACCCACCUCUGGCCAUGGUGCGAUCACGAUGGGCCACAGUAACGUAGAUGCGCUGCCAAUGAAGGUUUGUAGUAAAGCCAUCGUUAGCGAAUGGCAGCGAUUGAUCAAAGCUGCAUUCAACCCAAAACCAGCAUGAAACUUCACAUUCCUAGCCUCUAUGGUUCAAUAAAAAAAACCAUUGCUCCUGUGGAUUGUACAUCCCAUA